AGCUGUGAAGAGGCCAUCUUUCUCAAGACAGUGAGUGAGAAGGGAAAAAAAAGCAAUAGGUUUACCUUUAAUAUAAUGAGGAGGAUCCACCUGAAAGGAGAUGUGUUGUGCACCUUGCUGCUGCUGGUGCUGCUCUGCCUGGUGCUCUAUGCUCAGCAUGAUCUCCAGCUCAUCUGGGGCCCUUGGCCCACAGUGGCGAAAGCCACCAGCUCACAGGCCCUUCUGAAGACACAGCCAAAGAAUCAGGGAAUAAGGCAAAUUCCUUCCAGGACCCCAGCCACCCAAGCCCCCCAAGCCCCCUGUCAGCCCCAUCCUUCCCCUCCUGCCUCCACACCACAAGGAUCCCCCUCGACCGGGAAGGCCAUGGUGACCCAACCUCCCUUUGACUUCCAGCGGUACCUGCGGAACAAAGACUGCAGGGACUUCAAACUGCUGAUCAACCAGCCUGCUAAGUGCUCUGGAGGGCAAGCAGGGACCCUAUUCUUGCUCAUUGCAGUCAAGUCAGUGGUGGCCGAUUUUGAAAAGCGCCAGGUGGUGCGCCGUACCUGGGGUCGGGAGCUUACUUUUCAGAAUGGUGCACAGGUAAGGACGAUUUUCCUGCUUGGCAUUCCCCAAAACCGAACCCAGCUCCCCCUGUGGGAGCAGCUGCUGGCAUAUGAGAGCCAAGCCUUCCAGGACAUCCUGCUGUGGGAUUUUGAGGACACCUUCUUCAACCUGACUCUAAAGGAGACACACUUUCUCAAAUGGGUGGACUGCUGCUGCUCGGAUGUCAAAUUCAUAUUCAAAGGCGAUGCAGAUGUCUAUGUCAAUGUGGAAAACAUCUUGGAGAUGUUGUGGGGCCAGGAGCCUGGCAGAGACCUCUUUGUCGGUGACAUCAUCGUUCAUGCCCGGCCCAUCCGCAGGCGUUCCAGCAAGUACUUCAUUCCUGAGAUAGUGUAUGGCCAGGGCAUCUACCCAUCGUAUGCUGGAGGUGGGGGCUUUGUCAUGUCUGGCUUCACAGCACGCCGGCUGCAUCAGGCCUGCCAGGAGGUGGAGCUCUUCCCCAUCGAUGAUGUCUUCUUAGGGAUGUGCUUGCUGAGGAUCGGCCUCCAGCCAGUACGCCACGAGGGCUUUCGGACCUUUGGCAUCGUGCGGCCCUCCGCUGCACCGCACUUACAGGUCUUCGACCCGUGUUUCUACCGUGAACUGAUGGUGGUUCACAGCCUGACCGUUCCUCAGAUCUGGCUCAUGUGGAAUCUUCUCCACGAUCCCCACUUGCGUUGCCACGCCCAACCAACCCAGACUAAGAGUCUUUUUCGAUGGAGGGGGAAGACACAAACUACACCUAAGAGCAAGGACAACCAGGACUACUCAAUACAAGCAUUUGCAAGACACUGAAAACUUGAAUUUAAGACAAAUAUAAUCUCAAAUUUAGUGAACUGACUGCUUAGUUGUCACAAAUUAGAAACUGACAAAGCAACAUUAUUCCUUAUGAAGGUGGAUUUUUGUAAGCAAGCUGCAGCUGAAACACGGCACGACAGACUGAAAUGUGCUGCAUCAGUGGCACGAAAGACGAACCCUUCGCAGCGCCAUGGAAGGAAAGAGCAGUGCAAGCUACAACAGCACUCAAAGCCAAAGUCACAAGAGACGAAUCCAAGUCUGUCUGCACUGAGGAAGCACAGAUUUUAUGCCCUGGAAUGUUGUGUGCACUGUAAAUCAGCCUGUUAACUUUACAUUAGUUUUUAAAAUGAGCAACACUGUAGAUGACAACUGAUUAGUAAUGAUAGCCUGCUGGAUUUAUAAUGAUUAAAACUGAGUUGUGUUUUCUAUUAGAAAUCUUUGGUUCUGCUGUCACUCUUUUAAAUACUUCAGUUGACAUUUUACAAUUAAAAAAACAAGUAAUAGAGUAUUGUGAUAGGAAUCAAAAUGACCAUGCACAAACACUGAAAAUGUUCGUGUUGGAGAAUGUUUU